GGAGCUGCACAAUGUCCAUCUCAACAUGCACAAAUAAGAGCGUGUUUCUGCUGCUGCUUCUUUAUCAGAGCAAAGAGAAAAGAUGAGGCUGCAGAAGGAGACGUUCUGUUUGAGAAGACCUCGUCCAUCAUCAGAGGUUCCUCAGGGGUGGAUGUGUGGCCCGAGGACGGUUUUAAAUCAUAUUUUUUAAUCCAGUGUCUCCUUUCUCAGGCUGAAGCUCAGCACAUUAUUGUGAAAGGGAUGAGUCCUCUCCGGCCGUGUGGCUGCUCCUCGAUCGUCUCCAAUGGAUGUGAGCAUCAGCACCAUGACCACAGCGGUGGACAACAUCUCGGCUCUGAUCUGGGAAACGGGGACGAGUUCUCUGGCUCCUCAGAUCACAGCUGUAAACGGCACAUCUGGAGCGACACCGCUGGAGGUCUCGGAGGGAAGCUCGGUGCUGCGGGGCAUAGCCGUGGCCGCUCAGGCUCUCCUCCUCCUGGCCAUCUUUCUGCUUUCCAGCUUGGGAAACUCCGCCGUGGUGAUCGUGAUCAUCAAACACCGGCAGCUCAGGACAGUCACCAACGCGUUCAUCAUGUCCCUCUCGCUGUCCGACUUCUUGACGGCCGUGCUCUGCCUGCCUUUCUCCUUCAUCAUGCUGUUCAGUAAAGACGGCUCGUGGAUGUUUGGCGAGCGUUUCUGCGUAGCCAAUGGGUUCUUCAACACCUGCUUCGGAAUUAUCUCCACACUCACCAUGACGCUCAUCUCCUUUGAUCGCUACUACGCCAUCGUCAGGCAACCGCAGGAGAAGAUCGGGAGGAAGAAGGCCAUCCAGCUGCUGGUGGCCGUCUGGCUGUCAGCGGUGAUCUUCUCCUUGCCGUGGUAUCUCCUUGUACGGACGUCGGAACACCUUGUGGUACACAAGCGUGGAUUUUACCACUGCAUGUACGUUUUCCACUCGGGGACGUCUCGCAUGGGCACGGUGUACAGUGUCUCCCUAAUCGUCGUGUGCUACCUCCUUCCGUUUGCACUUAUGUGCUUCUGCCACUACAACAUCUGCAAAACUGUGCGUCUCUCCGAGAUCCGGGUGCGACCCGUCACCACAUACGCACACCUGCUCCGCUUCUACAGCGAGAUGAGGACAGCUACGACCGUGCUCAUCAUGAUUGUCUUCAUCAUCUUCUGCUGGGGGCCGUACUGCCUCAUGGGGAUCAUCACUGCCAUCGGAAACUUCGCCUUCAAUCCGGCCAUGGACGCCGUGGCUGUGUGUAUGGCGUGGGCCAACGGUGCCAUCAACCCACUCAUUUAUGCCAUGAGGAACCCCAACAUCUCCAUGCUGCUGGGUCGCAGCCGUGAGGAAGGAUACAGGACUAGAAACGUCGCUGCGUAUCUGUCUGCGCAGACUCGGACGCGCAGACGAACGGCGUCACGCUCGCACGCAAUACGAGAGCGCUACAUUACAGGAACACGCGCUGGUGGAAAUAGCAGGGUGUCGUCUUCAAGCCCGGCCAACGGUGGAGAAGUGGCCAUGUGGGCGUGCAAGAACCCAGCCGUGUUCUUCUGCACAGACGCACAUCUCGACACGGCCACCGAGCUCGGACACGAACCCAAACACCACACGGCAAACACCAGUCUCUGAUCUGACGGUUUUCUCACUGACUCGUGGAUCAUGGUUUAUAAACACGCAUAAGUAGCUGGACUGGCGUUUUAAAUGUCAUUCACAUCAAUGUUUACGUAAUUUUUGAAGUGCCAAACUCUACACCAGGGUGCGUGCAAUCGCAUCACAACACUGUGGACGAAUCGAGACCUAACAUUUUGGUCUAUGCCAUUUUAAUAUGGGGGAGACGUGGGACGGUCCUAACACUUCACUGUUUUUCUUUAAAUAUUCCUCUUCAUUUAAAACUGCAGUCACCUGAAAUUUGCAGUUGGUCGGAUAUGACACAAAAAUCGCCAAAAUUAUUCACAUUAAAAGAAGAAAAGAAUCUAUUAAUGUGGUUAAAAUAAAACUUUUUAAAAAAUCUAAUUUCUUUGACGAAAACUGGUGUGACUUAAUGACUUAAAUUAAAUUCUUUGCUCAAAAUCCACCAUCGUUAUUUACAUCGCUAUUCUACAGAUCAGACCUCUCCGUGUUUCUGUGCUGAAUAAAAUUAAAGUUAUGUGGCUUUGAAGGUGGAGAGAGAGAAAUGAAUUAUUCAUUUAAAUUGAAUCCAAUCUAAUAUUUUUCUGCUCUGAAUAUAUAUCCAAUCAUCCUGCUUUUAUAUCUGAUUAUGAGAUUAUGGUACAACAACUGCAGCUGUGUUACAAUAAUGGCUUAAAACUGUCUCCUUCUUAUUUUCUUCUGAAAAGGUGAAAUUAUCUGCAUAUAGAAUAAGAACAUUUCAAACCGGAAUCAUGUCUGUGUCUAGAAAUGAGCUCCAAAAAAUCUUAUUUUUGUUUUACUGUAAAGAUUUAAUCAUUUGCUCAGUUUGUGUCUAAUACAAUAUGAACAUGUAAGGCUGAGAAUUGGGCGUGGCCAUAUCUGGUCAUGUGAUUGCACUUUAGGUGUUUAAACUGUUACACUAUCACAAUGUUACACGGUUUCAUCACGUUACAAUGUUACACCAUCUCUGUGUUACACUAUUAAAGUGUUACAGUGUUGUGGUUUUAGUGUUACGAUGUUGCACAGUUUCAGUGUUACACUAUUCCACUGUUGCACCACUGCAGUGUUACAGCGUUACAUUGUUACACUAUUCCAGUGUUACGUCAUUAACACAUCAUGAUGUUAUGAUUCUCUCCAUCUCCCUUCCUCAUGUGAAAAACAGAAAAGUUUCCUCAUUGCACUAAGAAACAAAAGUCUAAACAAGAGCUGAAUUCUUUGCGUAUUCAUAAUUAACUGCGCUUCAUUUGCUCUUUUUUUAUUUUCAACACUUUAUAAGACACUUUAUUAUUUACAUUUAAUAUACAAAUAGUAUUUUUGUGCGCACAAGCAUGUCCGCUGAUCUACUCCAGAUGAACACUGCUAUUAACAACAUCACGAGAAACUGUUUACACAAUAAAGAUGACUUUUGAUCCAAGAAAGUAUAAACUG